GAUACACAGGAAGUCUUUACCGGUUGUUGACAAACUCACAUGUUGCUUUCAGGAAACUUCAUGUGAAUGUAGCUCGUUUUAACCAAACUUUUUGACUUUAUUUACUCGUUAUGUCGGCGUCGUUGAUUAGAAGAGGACUGGAGCUGCUCAGUGAUGACAUUAAAGAUGUCAGCAAAGCAAAGAAAAAGAAGCAACAGCAGACUCCCAGCUCGGCCACAGUUAUGGAGCUGGUGAGCACCAAGCGGCAGGGAGUCACCAAGCAGGUCAAACGGCUGCAGGGUCGACUCGGACCUGGGAAGAGCAAAGCUACAGUCAAAGACAAGAGGAUCAAGUCCGCCGUGGAGGAGUUCAGGAAGAAGCAGAGGACGAGCCAGAUGAGUGCUAACCUCAAAUAUUUUAUGACGACUGGCUACAAAGCAACAGACUCUGACACCCUGAAGAUCCUCAAUCACAAUACAGGGAGACAGUCCAGAAAUCGCCGCGAGCCACAAGUCAAGAAAGCCAAAGAGCCAGAGUCUCUGUUCACUGAGGAGGAGUUCCAGCAAUUUCAGAAGGAAUAUUUUGGAAGAACUGUGGAGGAGAAUUAACCAUGCUUAUUCAAACACAUAUACACUGCUGUUCAUGGAUAAAAGUGGAUUUCUGGUCUGGAUAAUUAUCUAACAUCUGGUUUCCUGUUAUCAUGUCUCAGCAAUGGAAAAAGACCAAGCAGGAGCCUCUGUGGUUGGAAAAUGAAGCUAAUGUGGAUAUGCAAACAAAAAAGCAUAAAACAGGUUUCCACUUAGGGCUGACUGUAGAAGUACCACAAGUCUAAUACACACUUGUGUUAAAACAAUGGAUUUUACAGCUGAAAUAAACUUGUUUACAGACUGGUUCAAAAACAGUUUUCAUCAGAAUAGUUCAUGUCUUUAUGGGUGCACACUUUACUAAGGGGGAUUUCUUUAUUUUAUAGCUCAUCUGAUUUUGUUUUAAGGAGGAGACUAGGGAUGCAAGUUAUGUCUGCAUGCUAGCAUAUUGGAGCUGUUUGUCAAGAUGCUAAACAUCCAUCUCAGCACUGUCUAUUUGUUACUCAGCUGAUCCAAAGUUAGUCUUAGACAGAAUUUUCAAUACCAUGACCACAGUGGAUUCACUUUGAAAGCCUCCUUUUAGAAACCAAACAGCUGAUGUUGCUCAGAUUUUGUCGUACACUUCAUGAAAAAAAGCCUAAAGGUGGAAAUUUUCAGCCAAAGUAACACAAAUAUGUGAUUUUUCUGCUCAUUAAAUUUUUUAAACUUGAAAGUAUGGUGGUGACUGCAGAUACAUUGAUAUUAAUACAGGGGAAGUGUUGUUUAUUUUACUGCCAAGAGUUUCACUUUUAAUUGUCACUAUUCUUGGUAUAUUGAGGCCUGAACUUCAUACAUUAAUGAGGUAUGGGCUGUAUGAGGUACCUAACAGUAGUCGUGGCAUUGGCCACCAGUAAUCUCAAUGAGCAUUGCUUCUUUAUGAAGGACUUGCUGGUUGUACCGGCCAGGAAGCCAGGCUAUACAGUGUAACAGAUGCAGCAUUGCCAGGUCUUGGUGACAAAUUUAACCCAAUGGCCAGUAAAACUAGCCCAAAACCAAGGCCAAUGCUGAAAUUCAACAUAAGCCAUUAAAACCUGUGCCACACCACAUAUAUUGCUUGUGUAAGAGCAGGUGUGCUGCUUCUGUAUGUGGCACGGUGGAUCUUCGGUUGUGUGCCCUGCUCUAUGUUUUUCCUGCUUCUCUCUUGGUCGAUUUAGUUGUA